GGGGGGGCACUCGACCAAAAAAGUGGUAGGGGUGUGCCGCGGGCGAGGCAAAAAACGGGGGCCUUGGAGCGGGCUUAUUGUAAAAAGGAGGGUCCUCGGAACGGGCUUCGGAACUACAAAUGUUUGUGAAAACGGGGGUCCUCGGAACGGAUCUCCGUAUCUCUGUGAGUGCGUAUGCAUCCCUAUGGAACGGGCAAUCGUGCAUGACGCAGCUAGCGCGGCCUCCGCCGGGUGCGCUCGCGCUUAGGCGAUGGUCGAAAAGCGCUCUACGGCCGCUUUUCACCAAAAUUGUAGCAGAUCAAUGCGACCGGAACGGCGUAACGAAAAAUAUGCGAAGCUUUGGAGCUGAUUUCUUUCUUCUUUUUUCUCGAUAAGAAGGAAAUGCUAUGCCUUGGAGCGGCUUUCUUUGUUCUUUUUCUCAAUAAGACAAAAAUGCUAUGCCUUGGAACGGAAAUUUGAGUGUAAAAAUGGGGGUCCCCUCCGCGGCACAUACCCACUAUGCAUUAUAUACUGAGUGCCCCCCCCCCCCGGUAAAGAGGUCGACCAUAAAAACGUCUACCAUGUCCACACAAACAGAAACGGCGGAAAAGUCUGUACAGACAGAUGCGCAAGAAUUUACUUCUAAUCAUAGGCCUAAUGAAGCAGAAGAUUCUGGGCCUGUAAUUCCCGCAUCCACAGAAAAUGUUAGAGUCGACUUUUGGGCAUUCAUCACUUUUAUUGUAAUUAUCUGUGGUAUCUUAGAUGAUGGUCUAAGAGAGCAUUUGUUGAGGCUAGAUGAUCUCACAUUGGAUAAAACGUUGCAAGUUUGUCGGGUGGCUGAACAAACUCGAACGCAGGCCCAAGCGUUGAGUUCCAUCGGAGAAAAUGCCUCAAUUUCGGUUGAUUCUCUCAGCAAGAAUAAGAAAUCUCCUGGUAAAAAGUCAAACCAAACAAGACAAACAAAACCUGAAGAUCAUACUAACAAUAAAACAUGUACAAGAUGUGGUAAUAGACAUACCAAAGAAAAAUGUCCUGCACAAGGUAAUACAUGUAAAAAGUGCGGUAAGCAAAAUCAUUUUGCUAAGUGUUGUCGAACCCCAUUAGCAAAAGUAAAUGAAUCGCAACACUUAACAUGCUUAAAGGUAGAUUCAGACGGUUUCAUGAUUUUUUCAGUUGAUUCACAGGAACAUGAAUCAAGGGAAGAGUGGAAAGUCAAUUUGAGAGUCAAUAAUGAGCCAGUUGAGUUCAAGAUAGAUACUGGAGCUCAGGCUAAUAUUCUCCCAGAAACAAUCUAUCACAAAUUGAAACCGAAACCAAAACUACAAAAAGCCAAAGUGAAGUUAACAGGUUACUAUGAGACAAACAUUCCAGUAAAAGGUAGUUGUUAUGUCCAAAUGGAGUACAAAGGAAUAAAACACAGUGUUCAAUGUUUAAUCAUUCCUGUAAAUCGUCAACCAUUGCUAGGUCUCAGGACGAGUGAAGAGUUAUAUCUAGUAAAACGCGUCUAUCAUGUUGAUAAACAAACAGAGAUAAAAACAGGUAAAACUGUAGUGCAAGAUUAUGACAAUGUAUUUGUAGGAUUAGGAUGUCUUCCAGGCAAACACCACAUCACAUUGAAAGGCAAUGCACAACCAGUUCAACAUGCAUGUCGCAAAGUUCCAUUUCCACUUCAAAAGAAACUAAAAGAGGAGCUAGAUAAGAUGGAAAACAUGGAUGUAAUCAAACAGGUUGAUGAACCGACAGAUUGGGUAUCUUCUCUUGUUGUAGUCAAGAAAAAGAAUGGUCAACUCAGAGUCUGUCUAGAUCCACGUGAUCUAAAUCGAGCAAUCAAAAGAGAACACUAUAAAUUGCCUUCUAGAGCUGAAAUAACCUCUCAGUUUGCUGGAGCCAAGUAUUUCAGUAAAUUAGAUGCAUCAAGUUUUUGGCAAAUCCAACUUGAUGAAGAUAGUUCCAAGCUUUGUACAUUUAUCACUCCAUACGGAAGAUAUAGAUUCUUGAGACUACCUUUUGGUAUCUGUAGUGCUCCUGAAGUUUUUCACAAGAUAAUACAUAACUUGUUCGUAGAUGUACCUGGUGUCAAUACCAUGAUGGAUGACAUAGUGGUAUGGGGAAGCACACAAGAAGAGCAUGACGAUCGUCUGAGAAAAGUUAUAGACAUCGCACAAAAAUCAAACCUGAAACUCAAUCGAGACAAGUGUGAAUUCAAUGUGAACCAGAUGACUUUCAUUGGUGACUUGAUCAGCCAAGAUGGAGUCAGACCAGAUCCUAAAAAAGUGGCUGCCAUCAGAAACAUGACAAGACCAACAUGUAAGCAGGACAUACAAAGGUUCUUGGGGAUGAUAAACUACCAAGCAAAAUUCAUUCCAAACCUAUCAACAAGGUCAGCACCUCUACGCAUAUUGCUUGACAAGAAAGUAGAGUGGAUGUGGGAAAAUGAACAAGAAAAAGCGUGAUGCGAGCUGAAAGAAGCUCUAAUGAGUCAACCAGUGCUUCAUUUCUAUGAUUGCACAAAACCCACAAAGAUAUCAGCUGACGCUUCAAAAAAUGGACUAGGAGCAGUUCUCCUACAGCAACAUGAGCAAAAUUGGCAUCCCGUAGCUUACGCAUCAAGAGCUAUGACUGAUGCAGAAACACGUUAUGCUCAGAUAGAAAAAGAACUCUUAGCUAUCACGUACGGAUGUGAAAAAUUUCAUCAAUAUAUCUAUGGUCAAAAGAUAGAAGUUGAAACAGAUCACAAGCCACUUAUUCCAUUGUUUGUUAAGUCAUUGGCAGAUUAUCCUCUACGCAUUCAAAGAUUACUAAUCAGAAUACAGAGAUAUGAUCUCAAAGUGUCAUAUACACCUGGAAAAUACAUGUUCACUGCUGAUACACUGUCACGAGCAGUAGAUCCAAAAGCAGAAUUGAAUGUUGAAACUGAAGAAGAUAUCAGAGUCUAUGUAUAUAUGAUAAUACAAGCAAUGCCAGUAACAUCAAACAAAAGACAAGAAAUUGUUGAAGAGACCAAAAAAGAUGUAGAGCUUCAAGAGUUACUAGCCACCAUCAGAAAUGGUUGGCCAGAAAGUAAGCAACAAUGUCCAGCAAGAAUAAAACAGUACUGGAACAUUAGAAGUGAACUCUCUGAAGCAGAUGGAAUCAUCUUCAAAGGUUCUAAAAUAGUAGUUCCAAAUUCCAUGAGACGAUACAUACUAAACCAAGUACACGAAGGUCACUUAGGCAUUGAGAAAUGUAAGAAACGUGCUAGGGAAGUAAUCUAUUGGCCAAGAAUCAAUACAGACAUAUCUGAAAUGGUCCAAAAUUGUACUUCAUGCCUUAUGUACAAACCAAAACAACAGGCUGAAAGCCUAUAUCCUCAUGCCGUGCCCGAUCGUCCAUGGGAAAAAGUUGCCGUAGAUCUAUUCACUUUGAACAAAAGAGAAUAUAUGGUCGUCGUCGACUACUACUCACAAUACAUUGAAGUAUGUACUAUGACUUCAACUACAAGCAAGGCCGUGAUUAAUCACAUGAAAGCAAUAUUUGCUCGUCAUGGUACACCAUGCGAACUGAUUUUGGAUAAUGGUCCUCAAUUUGCAAGUCAAGAAUUCAAAAGCUUUGCAAAAGAAUGGGAUUUUCACCAUACCACAUCAAGUCCACAUUAUCCACAAUCAAAUGGCCUCGCAGAAAAUGCUGUGAAGAUUGUCAAAAAUCUCAUACUGAAGUCACUGCACAGUGGACAAGAUAUCCACAGAGCUUUACAAGUCUAUCGAAGUUCACCAAUAGCAUGCGGAAAAUCUCCAGCAGAACUUCUGUACAAUCGUCAGAUUAGGUCAAACCUUCCCAUGCUUGAUACAUUGCUCAAUAACCAACAGAUUGAUACUAAAUCUGUGAGGGGAAGAAAGGAUGAGCAGAAGGUGAAGCAAAAAGAGCGAUUCGAAAAACAUGCUCGAGACGUGCCAAAGCUAAAACCUGGAGAUCAUGUGAUACUCCAAGACAUGAAAACUAAUACCUGGUCACAACGUGGUAUCAUAAAGUCUGUCAAUAAUCAUAACAGAUCAUACCAAAUUGAAACAGCUACAGGCGAGAUACGUCGCAGAAACAGACGUCACCUCAGGCCAGAUCCGAGACACCAAGCCGAGUCUAUUCCACUACCAACACAGGAUGACUUCGAGCUAGAUGACAGCACAGAAGCGGAACCAGCAUCUGAUGUUCGCGCAUCUUCAUCAUCAUCCCGAACAACCAGAAGCGGACGAGUCGUUAA